AUGGCAACUUUAUUAUCCUCCAAGCCCUCAAACAACUCAAUUGCGACGACGGAAGGCAAGGACCCGACAUUAACAGGUUCUCACUGCCAAUACGGACCAUGCAACCAACUCGAUUUCCUUCUCUACCGCUGCGAAUCCUGCCAUAACGUGUUCUGUGGUGACCACCGUACAGAAAGCAAUCACAAAUGUACCAAAGAAGGAGAAUGGGCGACACGAAAGCGCCUACAGGCGAUAGCAAGACCGUCACUCGGAGCAGGCAAAUUGAAACCCGACAUUGAGAGAGCAUGCGCGUCUCCAGAUUGCAAAACCAUCAUUGGAACAAGUCUAUCGAUACCGAAUCAUUGCGACAAAUGCAACCGAGACUACUGCAUGGCCCAUCGCCUGAAUGAAGAACACAACUGCGCAAAGCUGGUCCAUAUAGGAGCGACUUCUGGCAGAUCAUUCAAUCAGCGAGCCUUCAUCAGCAACACCUUCACCAACAUCAAACUCUCCUGGGGCAAAACCAAAACCAGCAUGUCCGACCGAGUCCUCCCCAAACCCAAGCCCUCCUCCCCAGCCGCACGAUUAGUAGCCGUCAACACCCUCAAGAAAACCGCAAAGGGCGACGCCAAACUGCCCCCCGAGAAGCGAGUCUACCUGUACGUCGAAGCCGAAGCCGCGACCACCAGAUCCAAGCUCCUCAAGGGCGAGUUCUUCUACUCGAAGGAGUGGGCGGUGGGACGGGUCCUCGAUGCUGCGGCCAAGAGUCUACAAGUCGAGAACACGAAUAACCAGGGCGAGGAUGAGCGCUCGAAGUUACGGGUGUUUUAUGUGGAGGGGGGGAGGUUGCUGGAGUUUAGUGAGAAGUUGGGGAGUGCGGUUGCGAGUGGGAAUACGAUUGUUCUUCUGAGAGGUGUGGGACCUGCAAUUCCAAAUUUGAUUGAGGCUUGA